GUUUAAACUCACAGCCUUUUGUUUCUUUAGUCUUUAUUUAAGUCGGUCACGUGUUCGAGUGCACGCGCACUGCGUGUUCAGUGUGUGUUUAGACUCACAUCACGUUGUUAAUGCACAACAUUCUGCACUUUCUCUCUUUCUGUCUGCACCACGAUGUUUACACACUGCAGGAUGUUCAUUCAGGAAUGAACGGAUUUAGUGACCGUGAGAUUUUAAGUUAACGCUUAAUGUUGGAGCCGAGGAACGAUUCGCAAGGGAACCGACUCUUUUAGCGGGACGACUCCUUUGAGUGAGUCGGUUCACGAGCCAGUAUAAUAGAUUUCGGAAGAACUUUUAUUAUUAGGUUUGUUUUUAUUCGAAUGAACAAAAGUCAAGCUUGAACCCAGAACUCUGUUUUGCUUCAUUAAGAAGAAGAAGGCUCUUUUUCUGCUUCUGUUACAAGUGAAUGUACAAUUAAGAGGUGAACGUUUACUAACAUGGCAGUAGCUGGAUGUCCGGAUUACUUCCUGCACCACCCAAAUUAUCAGCAGGACAAUGUCGACCGAACUGCCGAUCAUAGACCGGCAAAUGUAAUCGGGUCAAGUUUCCAACAGGCAGCCAGUCGAAACUCUCCUAACCACCAAGAGGAUGACGUGGAUCUGGAGGCGCUGGUGAACGAUAUGAACUCGUCGUUUGAGAGUCUGUACCCCGUGGGCAGUGUGCAAUGCGAGUCGGUUCCCCUGUUACACAACGGCCAGCACACACACGCCCACACGCACACACAGCCCAUCUCACCGCACCAGAGACUGCGCCGCUCCCAGCCCAUGCACAUCCUCGCUGUCAGGAGGCUGCAAGAGGAAGCGCAGCAGUUUCAGACGUCGUCUCUGCCUGCCAUCCCAAACCCCUUCCCUGAAUUGUGUAGUCCAGCCAGUUCACCCACAGCUUGUCCCGGCUCUUUACCUUCAUGUCAAACGUCAGAAAAACACAUCGUUAAAGUCUUCGGCGAGGACGGAAUGGGCAAAGUGGUGGAGAUCCCGUCCGACAUGACUGCACGAGACCUGUGCCAGCUGCUGGUGUACAAAAGCCACUGCGUGGAUGACAACAGCUGGGUGCUGGUGGAGCAUCACCCGGCCCUCGGGCUAGAGAGAUGCUUAGAAGACCAUGAACUUGUAGCUCAAGUGCAGGCAUCCAUGACCAGCGAGAGCAAGUUUGUCUUCAGGAAGAACUAUGCCAAAUAUGAAUUCUUCAAAAAUCCUCUGAACUUCUUUCCCGAGCAGAUGGUGGCCUGGUGUCAAGAAAGCAAUGGGACCAUUCCUCCAUCUCAGCUGUUGCAAAACUUCUUAAACUCCAGCAGUUGUCCAGAAAUCCAGGGUUACCUUUACGUGAAAGAAACAGGCAGGAAGUCAUGGAAAAAGCUAUACGUGUUUUUGAGACGCUCAGGAUUAUACUACUCGACAAAAGGAACGUCAAAGGAGCCAAGGCAUUUGCAGUUACUAGCAGACCAUGAAGACAGCAACAUCUUUACCGUAAUAGCAGGAAAGAAGCUUCACAAUGCACCAACAGAGUACGAGUUUUGUAUAAAGCCCAACAAGGUCCGGAGCGAGCAGAAGGAACUGAGGAUGUUGUGUGCGGAAGACGAACAGAGCAGAACGUGCUGGAUGACUGCCUUCAGAUUGUUUAAGUACGGAAUUCUGCUUUAUCAAAACUAUAAAUUUCCACAGCAGAGAAAAGCUUUGCUCUCACAUUUCCCAGCACCAAUGAGGAGUGUGUCGGAGAACUCUCUAGUAGCCAUGGAUUUCUCAGGGACAAUAGGCAGGGUGAUCAACAAUCCUGUGGAAGCUCAGAGUGCCGCUCUGGAGGAGGCCCAUGUCUGGAGGAAAAGAAGUCAGCGCAUGAACACUUUGGGAAGCCCUAGUCCACUCCACCCAUCAUCAUUAAGUGGAGUGAUACACAAAACUCAGCUUUGGUUUCACGGUCGAAUCACAAGGGAGGAAUCGCACAGGCUGAUGCAUCAACAGGGCCAAGUGGAUGGGCUGUUUCUGUUGAGGGAUAGCCAGAGCAACCCGAAAGCCUUCGUGCUUACCAUGUGUCACCACCAGAAAAUAAAACACUUUCAGAUUUUACUGUGUGAAGAGGACGGUCAUAUGUUCUUCAGCCUUGAUGACGGCACCACCAAAUUCACGGACCUGAUUCAGCUGGUGGAGUUCUACCAGCUCAACCGAGGAGUCCUUCCUUGCAAACUCAAGCACCCAUGCACCAUGGUGGCCUUAUGACCCCCCCUCCAAACCAACCAUUGGUUCCCUGAGAAUUGGACUGUGUUUCACCUGGUUUAACGAUGUACACGUGACUGGCUGUUCACUGAUUAGUACUCUGCAUGCAUUCCUCUAUGAUUCCAGAGGAACUGCAAGCUUCCAACAGGGCCAUUGUGAAGCCAUCGAGAAAGAUCUUGGUUGCCACUGUUAAACUCGAAAGGUUCUUCCUCGUACAAUCGUCGGGGGUUCCUUUUUGAUGAUUUGAAUAUCUUGUUUAAUAUAAUCAGAUGGAAAGAUCUUGAUGAAUAUGGAAGAUGGACCAUCACGAGGUCUGUCGUUUCAGAAAGGUCUAUAGAACGGUAGACGGUGGAAGACGGAUACGUUACCUAUAGUUUGGGUUUGACUUUGAAGCACAGGAAACAGCUAAGCUAGAAAUGUAGUCAAUCCAAGAGUCAUUUGAAUUCUCCUGCCUUUUGUAGAUCUUUCUAUGAGUGCUUGGAGAUGGAACGACAGAAGGUCAAAGCACAGGUCUGUAAAAGAGACUUCGGACGUGGUUUGUGAGCGAAAUCACUACACUUUGCUCUUUGCUGGGCCUCUUUCUACAGCUUCCAUCAUCUGAAUAUCAAGAAUGUUACACUGCUCAUAUGGGGGGUGCGUAUAUAUAUAGUUUAUAAGCUCUUUCAGAUUCCUGUCCACUUGACACAGUCCCCUUUUGCACUCUGUUUUGACUUUGUGUCACUGUAAAGCCUCAGCUAAUGUCCAAAUGUUCCACCACCUUUCGAGAGACAGAGUUUAAACGUUUGCGCCCUUUGCUGGCCGUCCAGGGUAACACAGCCUGAAGCGGGUGCUUGGAUCAGCUUCACUACUGCCACCUUUAGAAAGGGCACCUUGAAGUGGACAAAAAUUGGAAAAACAGUGGAAAAAUAACCACUACGAUCCCCUGAAAAAUGGCAAACUGCAGGGAGCUCCGUUAUAACGGACGCCUUUUCUCUCUCUCUCUCUCUCUCUCUCUCUCUCUCUCACACGCUCUCUCUCUCUCUCUCUCUCUCUCUCUCUCUCUCGGAUGAAAUCAAGAGGCAGGAAUCAGCAGAUCUGCUUGUUUGUCCUUUCAGUGUAUUGGUAGAUUAAUAGGACAAUGCACUGUGAAGCUUCCAGAACAGCUGGGGCUCUGUUUCCUUCGCUGCCUUGUUCAGUAGUAGCACGAUAUAUGGACAGAUUUGUAACAAUAUUUUUUAAAUCGUGACUUUACGGAAGAGUCGUCCUCUUUAGUAUUCACAUCAUAACGUAUUAAGCUAGAUGGAAAAGGCCUGGCCGCAGUGUCUACGAGCUCUGCUGAGUUAUCAUGAUUACACAGAUAUAAAUGCAAAUGAUGCAAUCAUUUUUAAGUGUUGUUUCCAUGGAUCUAUUUAUUUAUCUGGAUCUGAAUGAUUACUUGAAAUUUUAGUGAAUUUUCUCAGCGCUGUUCCGCUGCUCUUCCAUCAUAUUUUUUUUGUAAACGUGUUGAGCCUAAUGUAUUUUUUUUCACCUAAUAUCAGAAAUUUUGUUAUACUAACCCUGUUUUAUCGAGCUCUUUACCGUUAUCUGCUGUAUCGUUGCUUUAUAAUUUUGGCCUUGCUAUCGUCACCGUUAUGUUCACAAAUACAAAGGUUUUGUCGUUCGUAGUCUUCAACAUAUUUCCCCUUUGUUCACUGAUUUUAUUCAGUUUUCUUAAAAAAAAAAAAAAAAAAAAAGGGAAAGACUUGUACUAAUGAUUUUUAAAAAUUUCGAGAUUUGCACAUUUUUACAUUAAUGAAAAUAGUAUGAUUUUUUUUUUUUUUUUUUGUGCAAAAGACUGUAGGGGCAACAGAUCAGUCCUUCACAACCCCAAUGACUUAUGAGGACACAAAAGCAGACUUUUUUCAACAUCCUUUCUCUUGUAUUAGCACUUUUAAUAUUUUUUUUUAACAUCCACAAAGAAGAUUCCGUUCCAGAACGAAACUUGAAAUGCAGCAUUGCUUUUCAUUCGUGACGAGGCUGAUGUGUCAUUGCUUGCCUCUCAGCAGGGGACGAGUUUGCAUCUGAUGUGUUGCGUUGCGUUUAACUUUUAUCAGUCCAUCGCAUUUGUGCCACACUGAAAUGUUAACCCUAACCCUAACUAUAACUAUCCAAUCCAAUCACGGCUCAAAGGCAAUCCCACAGGGGCAGUGUUUGUAUUCAGACUAGGACCUAAACGCAUCCUAAAAAGGACACCUAAUUGAGGAAAGCUCCACUGAAUUACAUAAAUUCGGUGUCGGACCUUCUUUUACCUGACUCUCAGAGGAAAAAGUACUAAACUGGACUUUAAGGACUUAGCGUUCAAAUUAUAAUUUACAUGCAAAUAUCCAGGUAAAAUCCACACAAAAGAUAAAAAAGUGUAUCCUUGAGGGCACCAACCUACUGUAUCAACACGAAAAUAUACAGUUUAGAACAAAUCUCAGUAAAGACGACGAUUCUCACAGGUUUUUGUCAGGUUUUCUGCUUUUAUCCUGUCCCAUAGCUCUCCUAAACGAUCUAGUAAACGAUCUCGAUCUAACGAUCUAGUUCUAGUAAACGAUCUUGAUUAAAUAUCAUUCGCCCUUUUUUAAUUAUUUUUUUUAUUAUUUUUUUAAAAAUUUUGUUUGUAUUUUUGAGGUUUCCUCAAGCUUCGCUAAAAAAAGGGGAAUCCUUGAUCUGUAGGAAAAACUUUUAAAUUGAAGAAUUCUAACUGUUGGGCUGCUCGGUGCAAAGGCGCCACCUCAUGGACAAUGUAGUCAAAGCAUUUACUGUUUUUAAGGCCUUCAAACAAUGUGUUUUCUUCAACUCUGUCCUGAGUAUUUUUUGUUUGCAGCAGUCGAACCAAACAAAGUUUUGCCCAGCAGAAAAAGCAAUUCACAGAAGGGAAAAAGGCACAAAUGAGAUGCAUUGGCUUCUGAUGAUGGUUUUCAGACUAUGAAUUUACAAACCUCAUUCUUGUGAGCCAGUAGAAAAUAAAUGUGCCAGAAAAUACGGUGGCACUGAUCGUUAUUUAAGCAACUGUCACUCUUUAACCUCACCAUUUUCUUAUUGUUUUGUCUCAAACCUGGAACCAGUGUGCUUCAUGUCGUCCCCGACAUUUUGAGAUUUCCUUGUUAUUGUAUCGUUCGGAUUUAUUUGUAGUAAUAUCGUUUUGACUAAAUCUAUACUUAAAUCCAUGUCUAGUUUCAUCCAGUUAUCCAUCUUUGUGCUGCUUUUGUCCUCAUUAAAAUGACCCACAUUUUAAAUCUAAAAGUUUGAGCUCAGAUUAAUAUUUGUCAUUUUCACAACACUAAUAAUAAUAAUAAUUAGUAUUAUUAUUAUUCUUUAUGGCUACAAAAUAAAAUUGUUAAAAGCCUAAAAAAUUGACACUGUAUGUAAGGUUUCCAAUCACUAUAUAUUCCUUUUUUUUUUUUUUUUUUUUUUUUAUAAUGGCUUACAAAAUGAAGAAACUUGACCUUUUUUUUUUUGCGGUGGGGGUGUUUUUUGUUCUUUUUUAUUUAUUUCUUUUUGUGUGUAAGCAUAAUGGUUUAUUCUGUUUCUCAGUGUUCAAGGACAUUUAACAUUUUUAUUUAAGCUGGUAAAGAAAAAAAGAAACUGGAGUGAAAAUAAUGAGUCUGGGGUGAACUUCUUGUGGUCACAGGAACUAUUAAGCUAAAAAAAAAGAAAUCCACAGAAUACCCUAACUUAGCCUUUAUGGACAGUGUGUUUUUGUUUAUGCACAGUGAAAGCUUAAGCAUAAUGUCCCGAUGUUCAGAUGAGCUGGUGUUGUGAAUCGUUUACAGUGUUGAGAAUACAUCAGCGUAUUAAAGAGAAAAAAAUGAAUGUAACUGGGUUGCUCAGGGUUGAUGUGGAGACCGAUGAGGUCCGGUCCCCAGGAGGACUGGUGCCAUUUCUAGAACUUUCUAUAUAACUUUCUAGUCUUUUUACCUUUGACGGAUCUUGGUGUUAUCAUGGAGUUUUAGGAUAUAGCUGUCUUUUCUAGUUUUGGGGUUUUUCAUACCGUUCAACACUAUAAUGAACGUUAAACAGUGCUAAAAUUUUUUUAGUUUCUUCUUGGUUUUUUAGCUUUACUUGUAUCAUGAAGCAUAAAAUCCAGCAGGUGCCUCAGAACUUUACCCUUGUCUCAAUUUACACCAAUAAACUAACCAGAUUUUUGUAUAUAUUAGAUGCCUUUCAUAUCUAUAUGGACAAUAGGGCAGCAGUCUUAAUGUGAGACACCUAAAACCUCCAGGUCUGGUGUCCACUUAUCUGGAGCGGUCAUAGGAUCGUAAUGACCUGCAAUUCACAAACCCCUUUCUUUAGUAACAAUAACGUGUCUUCACUCCUUUGGUCAUCAUGCAAAAAAAGUGUGACUGUACAUACAUAUUAGAUAUAUACAUAAAUAUAUGUUUUUCAGGGAAUGAAAACAAAAAUCAAGAAAAAAAGCUUUUCCCUUUUUUUCUGUCUUGAUCAUGUGCUUUUGCUUGGUCUUGUAAAUAGCUGAAUGGCUUAUAAAUGCUAACUGUAACCUUUUCAGGUAUUUUUGUACAAAUAUGGGUCUGCUUUAUUCUGUUUAUUGUAAGUAGAAUAAAACAUUAAUACAUUGCUAUAA